GGAAACACGGGCUGGGCUUGUCCCUCAAACGAAUUGAAAUAGCUGUCACUCACCCACUUGAUUUUUAAUUUUAACUUUUACGCUUCUUCUUUCUUUUUCCUUCGUUCAUAACAUCUCUCUCCUCUCUCCUCUCUCUAUUUUGCUUACUCAGAAAACAAGAUGGCGAAAAUGAAGAAAUUCCAGGUGAAGUUGGAAAAAUUGAAGCUUUAUGGAUUUGGUAAAGAGAAUGAAGCAGUCGCCAUUGAAAUCAAAUGGAAGGGUCCUCAAAAGCAUUCUCUUUUAUCGGUUCCAUUCUAUGGAAAAUCGUCUCUCCAAAGAAAUCGCACCAGGCCCCAGCGAUUUCUGAACAAUGGCCAAGAAACCGUCGAGUGGGACGACGAAUUCCACAGCAUCUGUGAAUUCUCCGCCGCAGACGACGCUUCAAUUGGCUCCUGGGACACCAACUUCUACGUCUUGCUUGAAAACAGCACGAAAUCGAAGACGAAAUCGUCGGUUUUGGGGAAGGCAUCGCUAAAUUUGGCAGAAGUGCUUUCGGAAAUGGAGGCGAAGAUCGAUGCAAUCCUCCCCAUUACGUUGAAGGAUGCUGCGGGUCCCCGCCCUGCUACGCUUUCUGUACGCGUGAAUUUUGUGGAGGUCCGAGAUGAUCCUGAUCCGACCCGAAUCGCCCGAGACCCGGCGCAGGACGAAAAGGACGGGUUUUUCAGGGCGUUGAAAGAUCUGACGAGCUUCAAGAAGAAAAACAGAGAUAAAGCGAUUUCAUCGGACGGUGAAAACGCGGUCGUGGGGAAUCGAUCGGAGGAGGAGGGAGAUCAAAAGCAGGGGAAAUUGUCGUGGAAGAAGAGGCGGCUGAGUUUCAGUUUCAGGAAUUCGAAGGGGAAGGUGGAGCCGUGGUCGGAGAAGACGGACACGGCGGUCAACGACGCAGUUACCGUUGACCGACAACAAGACGACAAGGACUCCUCCGUGUUCCCUGUCGCCCCCAUUUCCCAAACGGGAGUAAAAACUGCAGAUCAGGUUUCUUUGGAAUUAGAUGGCCAAAACAGAGAAGGCACCGGAGGGAGGUGGGAAACGAGAGAAAUUGUAAGCAGAGAUGGCAAAGCAAAGCUGAAAACAGAGUUGUUCUUUGGCUCCUUUGACCAGCGUAGCGAAAAGGCCAAUGGUGAGAGCGCCUGCACAGCGAUUGUCGCCGUGAUCACCCACUGGCUACAUUCAAACCAAGGUGCUAUGCCCACACGGCCAGAGCUCGACAGCCUCGUAAUGGAAGGUUCCUCAGAAUGGCAAAAGCUCUGCAGCAACGACUGCUACUCCAGCUCCUUCCCCAACAAACAUUUCGACCUCGAGACUGUUGUGGAAGCAGAAGUCCGGCCAAUCACCGUAUUGCCUGAAAAUUCCUUUGUGGGGUUCUUCAGCCCAGAGAAAUUCAACUGCUUGACAGAAGCAAUGUCGUUUGAGCAGAUAUGGAAAGAGGUCAAUAACAAUGCCAAAACCUCCACUGGUUAUUAUGAGCCAAGAAUUUACAUCGUGAGUUGGAAUGAUCAUUUCUUCGUGCUGAAGAUGGAAGAAGACGCUUGCUAUAUCGUUGAUUCAUUGGGCGAGCGGCUGUUCGAGGGGUGUAACCAAGCCUACAUCUUGAAGUUCGACAGCUCGAGUUUGAUGUUUGAAAACAAAGAGGAAGGGGAGAUCAAGGAAUUGGUUUGCAGGGGAAAAGAGUGUUGCAGAGAGUUCUUCAAAAGGUUUCUUGCAGCCUUAACAAUCGAAGAGCUCGAACAAGAACAGAGGAAGUUGAGUUGUAAUUUUAUACCUCACCAGAGGUUGCAGAUUGACUUCCAUUUUAGCAGUCCGGUUGAUUCAUCCUCAUCCACUUCCCCGUUCUCUGUUUUCUUCGAUGAAGACUCUGCAUCAUUCAGUAGCCCAAGCGAAUGAUCCUUUAAUGUAUAGAUUGAUUGUAAAGCUUCCCUCAGAUUUGCCUAAUUGUGUAAAUGAAACUUAGAUUGCUUGGGACUGUGAUGAAAAAAAAACUUUUCGAUCUUAAAA